AUGGCAAAGGACAAAAAAGCCAAAAAAGCUGAGCAGAAAGCCCGUACCGUCGCAAAGCAGGCCAAGAAAGCUUCCCAAAAAGAAAAGAAGGGCAAAUCAAAGGGCAAUGCACAAGAUGACAGUGAUGUCGAAGACGUCGAUUUGGAUGCUGUCCUGGCAGCCUACGCGGAAGAGCAAGCAAAGUUCCUCAAAGUGACAGAAUCAAGCAGUGGGCCACCUGCACCCCGCUCAUCUUCAACCCUUAUUGCAUCCCCGUCGAAUCGCAAUGAACUCCUUCUUUUUGGUGGCGAGUACUACGACGGAGCGCUGGCCACAUUUUUCAAUAACUUAUAUAUUUAUUUGAUUGAUAGGAAUGAGUGGCGUGAGGUUACCAGUCCCAACAGCCCAUUGCCUAGGAGUGGACAUGCAUGGUGCCGUGGAGGAAACGCUGGAGGAAUUUACCUCUUUGGUGGAGAAUUCUCGUCCCCGAAACAGGGUACCUUUUAUCAUUAUAAUGAUUUUUGGCAUUUGGACCCUUCCACAAGGGAGUGGACUCGCCUGGAGACCAAGGGUAAAGGCCCUCCAGCACGAAGUGGCCAUAGAAUGACUUAUUUUAAAAAUUACAUCAUAUUAUUUGGAGGUUUCCAGGAUACCUCGCAACAGACGAAAUAUCUACAGGAUCUCUGGAUAUAUGAUUGUCAGAAAUAUACGUGGUACAAUUCGGUCUUGCCCCCUGCAUCGCAGAAACCUGAUGCUCGUUCGUCCUUUUCAUUUCUCCCACACGAGUCCGGGGCGGUCCUGUAUGGCGGGUAUUCCAGAGUUAAAAUGUCUGUGACAGCUGGCAAGGGCCAAAAAGGCGGCAGCUCCCAGCGUAUGACGCUGAAGCCAAUGGUUCAUCAGGAUACAUGGUUUUUGCGUAUCACACCGCCCGCAGCUGAUGCUCCGGCGAGCUCGCAACCAACUGUGCGGUGGGAGCGCAGGAAAAAGCCAGCUAACCCACCCAAUCCACCACGGGCUGGAGUGACAAUGGCAUAUCACAAAGGCCGUGGGAUUUUAUUUGGCGGCGUUCACGAUGUUGAAGCAACGGAAGAAGGUAUUGACAGCGAAUUUUUCGACACUCUGUAUGCGUGGAAUAUCGAGCGCAAUCGUUUCUUUCAGUUGUCUCUUCGAAAACCGAGAGCUGGGAACAAAAAGCAACAAGCUGGGUCACAGGCGGUGAAAUCACGAAAUCGAAGCAAAGAAGAUGAGGAAGAGCUCCUUCGCAAUCUAGCUCGCCUAGAGGCGAAAGGGGGCCUAUCUCAUAAAGAUAAUAUGGAGAUGGAGAUACACGCCAUAACCACAGAGGACGAGGAUAUAGAUUUGAAGCAGUCACUGCCAGUGAAGUUUGAAAUGCCACAUCCAAGAUUUAACGGACAACUUGCCGUCCAGGAAGAUACACUUUUUAUAUACGGCGGAACAUUUGAACGCAAGGAUCAAGAAUUCACAUUUAACGACCUGUACUCCAUUGAUCUGAUGAAACUCAAUGGGGUCAAAGAGAUUUUCUUUGAAGAACCCGAGCACUGGAAUGACGCUGCCAAUGUAGAGAGCGAUGAAGAAAUGGAAGACGAGGAAUCUGAAAGCGAAAACGAGGAUGAAGAAAUGGCGUCUGUGGAAGCUGCGUCCACUGCACUCACGGAAAUUACGGAGCCGAAUGCCAUGGAACUUGAGGCUGAACAGGAACCGGUGGAAAUGCAGCUCCAAGAUUCACGCCCACAUCCCAGGCCGUUUGAAAGCCUACGGGAGUUCUUCACUAGAACGUCCACGGAAUGGCAGGAGAUCCUCUUGACUAAGCUAAAAGAUAGCAACGCAGCGACGGAAAAAACGAUCAAGGAGUUGAGAAAAGACGCAUUCGAUUUGGCGGAGGAGAAAUGGUGGGAUUGUAGAGAGGAGAUUACUGCUUUGGAGGAUGAACAGGAGGAAGCUGGGAUUGGAGAAGUGGUUAGCAUGUCAGAAAGGGCAGAGAUGCCGUCUGCCGGUAGAAGGAGAUAA